UAAAAUCGAUUUGUUUGGUUUAAUUUGACUAAACAGCAAUAAUUAAUGAUUGGGCUUUGUAAGAAUCAACAAAUACACUGCUUUGAAAGGAACGCCACUUUCUCAUUUAAAUCCACCUUCACAAUAUAUUUCAUAUGGAUCCGGAGAACUUAGAGGUGGGACAAAAUUAUGAUGGUUCCCAGGAAUCCGAUGAGAGCAGCACCAGCUCACUUAGCAACAAGGGUCCCGAUGGCACUCAAUUCAAGCGUGAGGCUGAGAAAGCCAUUUGCAUCAUGCCGCCCCGACCGGGAACUACUAUGAUGAACUACCAGGAGCUAUAUAUUCCGCGGAAUCAGCUUACGGAUGUAUAUUACCCCAUUCAGGAGGCCCAACGAUGGCUCACUCUGAUGGACAAGAUGGGCAAGGCACACCGUUUUCCGUUGCCCACGAUCCUGCCGAAGGUGAUCCAGACCCGCUACGUGCCAAAGCGGCAUCUUCCAAAGGACGUCGAAGUGGAUCGGAGGCGUCGUCAGUACCAGAAGAUUAACUUGGUGAACGAGCUGGCCAAGGCGGGCCUCACUGACGACGUGCUGCAGCCCACCGAGGAGCAGUACAAUGUGAUGUCCGAGUUCGCCUUCCCACACAAGUUUCCCCUGAGCUACUUCGACGACAGCAACUUUGACAUCAACUCUCCGGCGGCCUGGUUUGAGCUGGGAGUGGUCGGAGAUGCGCACUACCCGCUGCCGGCGAAGGCGUACCUGCCCUACAACCAAAGCCUGCUGAACUGCCAGUGGGGCAUGGCAGCUGUUACCGCGCACCACGAGGACUCCGACCUCUGGACGCUUCUGUCGCUGGAGGACGGAUGCACCUACACGGUACCCAAGCUUCAGUUCAUGUUCAUGGCAGAGGACCCACACAAGUACAUCAAGCGACUGCAGGCUGCUGUUCACGAGCGGCACAAGGGGGAGCAGCUUAUGUUGAUGGAGCUGAUCGUGGAUUGCGUCCUGCACGAGGACAUUGAGUCCACCGUGUUUUAUAGCUUUAAGCCCAUCGAAUUGGUCCUGCAGGCGGCUAAGGUGUCCGAGCAGUGCAAGAGACGACUACGCUCCGAGGUGAACUUGGUGUUCGAGCGCCUGAUGGCCCUAUACGAGCUGGAGCAGUUUAUCCUUAAGAUGCCCAAGGAAUUUCCCCAGUUUCGGAACAUCAACCUCAAGGAAUUUCUGCCCCGGUCUUUCGCGGUGGAAGUCUCCGGGAAGGAGCGUCUGGAACUGCAGGCCCUUGGCAUAACCAUGCAGGAGAAGCGGUACGACUUCCUGAAGGCCAGUCUGUUUUAUUGCGGCGGCGGCAUCGAGGCCAUGGCCGGAGUGGCCAUCGAGUGCCAGUACAUCGAAACACUUUCGAUCUUCAUCUGCAACUUUAGCAAGCCCCUGGCACUGGUGGACUUCCUGCAGGCGCAGGAGGCGCAUAGCGACAACGUGGCCACGUUCCUUAAGGUCUAUUGGCCGCAACAGCUGACAACGGUCAUCACCGUGGUCCUCCGAGCCCUGGGCAAGGGCUGGCUGGACAUCUCCCUCAACACCUGGACGGUCUAUCUCAUGUGCAAGAUCUCGCGGUUUAUACUGCAGGUCAAGUUCCGUAUGCAAGAGUCAAUGGAGGUGCUGCUCGAGACGUCGCUGAUGAACUUCUCGCACUUCGUUUGCGACCCCUGCCUGCAAUUCCUUGAGCUGAAGUCCAACUACAAGUGGACCAAUAACUACAUCGACACCGAGUUCCCCUUUCAGAAACCUGUGUUCGCCAUGACCCUUGGCAUCAGCGAGGAUCGCAGGGUGUUUUACUCCACUGACCCGGAUGAGUUCCAGCCGGGGCUGGUCGAGAUCUUUAAGAAGUGCCUGGAGAAAUCGUCUGGAGUAAGAUGCAUCGAUGGGUCCGUCAUGAGUUUUUUGAAGUUCGCCCCUAACCUGUAUAUCCUGACGGUGGAGCUCAUCGAGGACAGGUUCCUGCGGGAGAACGAGCUUCUGAAGAACUGCUACGCCAAGGCGGUGCUGCCCCUCAGGGCGUACGCCCGACUCUACGAGAGAUUCAUCGACUUCUACCUUCUCAAUGUGAACACCUAUAUGCAGGCAUAUGCGCAGGCCCACAAGCCGUCCUCGGAGGUAAAGCGGGACAUUCUGGAGAACAAGCGAUUGAAGGAGGAACUGCGCGAGAUCCUGCCUGCCUAUAUUACCAUUGGACCGUUUUACAUAAACGUGGAUACACUGAAGCAGUUCAUGAUAAAGAAGCGCAUCGAAGUCGUGAGACGCAUAUUCGAGUACUACGUUGACCGGAUGUAUGAGACGAAUGAGCUAUUGCUGGACCGUUGCCUGGAGAUGUUCCGCAGAAUCGCGGAGCGUCCGAUUAGCAUUGAACACCUGUACGAGAUUCGCGACUUUGCGCAGACUGUUCCGGACUUAGUGGAUGAGCUAAAGGCUGACAUUCAGGUCAUGUGGCUGGAGUACGACCUGCUGGACAGCUUCUUUUACAACCUGAGUGACCACCAGUUCGCCAUGAAGUGGAACGUGUAUGCCUGGCCGCACCAGAUAAUGGUGCGGUUAUCCACCUUGAAAGACGAGCAGAAGGUGGACAUCGAGGACUUUCUCCGCCUGCACGCCAGCGAGUGCCAAGCGUUCGAGGAGCGACUGGAGUCCCUCAACGACGAGGUGCAGGCCUACUCACUGGCGUUUAAUACGAACCGCGCCCAGGAGACGUCCGUGGACAUUAAGAAGACGUGGGCUCUGAUAAAGGAGCUCGAGAAGGUCAGCCAAACUCUGCAAUUCCGGCAGGAGCUAUUCGAGCUGGAGCCACUCUCUGUUGAGUUCCUGGAGAGCAUAAUCGCGAGCUUCACUCCCUACAAGAACCUGUGGUACGGCUGCGCCAACUUCCUGAAGCUCGAGGACGCUACCCUGGGCAACCCGAUAGCGCAGCUGGACUUGGAGGAUGUGUGGAAUAACCUGAUGAGGCUGCGCGACGAACUCACCGAGUCAAUGCAAAUAUUUCAUGAAAAAAUCGAGAUUAUGGAUGUGGCCAAAACGUUCAUUGCAAAGAUCGACGAUUUCGUUCCGGUUUACAACAGCAUUAGGGAUAUCCGAAAUGAGAACUGGAUGUACAUUCACUGGCAGGAACUAAGCGCGAUAACUGGCCAGGAGAUUAAGUACUCAGUGGCGAUGAACUACCAGUACCUCAUGCGUAAGGGCAUCUUGGACUUCCUGCCCGAAGUCCACAUCAUCUCAGAGAAGGCCAACAACGAGGCGGAGGAAAUUCGGCGCGCCAUCGAGGAGGAAGAGAGGCGAAAGCAGGCCGAAUUGGAUGCUCUGCUGCUGCGCAAACAGCUCCGCAAGUGUCGCCGGGAUAUACUGUAGCUUGUUGUUGAAAUCGUUCCAAUGCACUACAAGUUAGUUCCUGCCUGGAACAUUUCUGGGCAGGCUCAGGGCGUGGCUCGCCGCGGUCUUGGAUAGUGAUCUGUGUUGCCCUUCUUACAUAUGUAUACCCGUUACUCGGAGAGUAAAAUGUUAUACUAGAGUUGUUGUAACAGACGGAAGGAAGCGUUGCCUACCAUAAAAAGUAUAUGUACUCCUUAUCAGAAUCAAUCGAUCUAUCCCUGUCCGUAUGGACGCCUCGAACUCAGGACAUAAAAAACAUAAAACAUGAAGUGUGCAGCUUCCAGAGAGCGCAAGCUUGUUUACAAAUGCUGCCACGCCCAUAAAACGCCCAAAACUGCCACACCCACACUUUUGAGAAAUGUUUUGAUAUUUUUUGUUACAUUUUUAUUAGUCUUGUAAAUUUCUAUUAAUUUGCAUAAAAACCUUUGCCACGCCUACUCUAACUUCCGAAAUUGCCACACCCACACUUAAAAAAUGUUUUGAUAUUUCUUCAUAUU